CUCACCUCUUCUCCACCCCCAAUAUCGCUUCUUUUUACGACCGAGCGCUGCGUCUUGAGCUGACAACUAACGUUAAAUCGGUCAUUUUAAAGUGGGGUUCCGUGCUCAGGACCACUGAACGGCCAUGGAAGAACUUACGGCGUUCGUCUCGAAAUCUUUCGAGCAGAAAACCAAGGAGAGCAGUAAGGAGAGUAUCACGUACAGGGAAGUUUUGGAGAGUGGCUUGGCGCGGGCGAGGGAGCUUGGGAACUCGGAGACAAGUCUGCAGGACAUAACGGAAGGCAGCAACCACUGUCCGGUACAUCUAUUCAAGGAGCACGUAGAGCUAGAGAAAGAAAAACUGAAGGAGUUUAACGUUUCACGGGCCACGGAAGGGAUCUAUGAGUGUAAAGAGAAGAAGGAGGACGUAAAGUCUGAGGACGAGGACGCACAAAGCAAACUGAAGCAGCGACGGAGCAGGACAAACUUUACUCUGGAACAGCUCAAUGAGCUGGAGCGCCUGUUCGACGAGACGCACUACCCCGACGCAUUCAUGCGGGAAGAGCUGAGCCAGAGGCUGGGACUGUCAGAGGCGAGAGUGCAGGUUUGGUUUCAAAACAGAAGAGCGAAAUGUCGAAAACAAGAAAACCAGAUGCAUAAAGACACCUCUUCAUACUUUCCAGGUGUCACUCUGGGAAUUGCCAGUCAUCUGGAUGCCUGCAGAGUAGCUCCAUAUGUCAACAUGGGAGCGCUACGGAUGCCUUUUCAACAGGUCCAGGCCCAGCUCCAGUUGGAGGGCGUGGCUCACUCCCACCAUCACCUGCACCCUCACCUGGCGGCGCAUGCACCCUACCUGAUGUUCCCGCCCCCGCCCUUUGGACUACCAAUCGCCUCUCUCGCGGACUCAGCCUCUGCAGCGGCGGCCGUGGCGGCGGCUGCCAAGAGCAACAGCAAGAACUCUAGCAUCGCUGACCUCCGACUCAAGGCAGGACUUCUGCGGGGCCAGUGGCUCAGUCCACUCCAGGCACACAUCACAAGUCCAGGACCAUACAAACACAUGUGGAUGUCUGUCUGAGCCGAGGGCCGGGCCGGGCCAGGCCAGACCGGGAGACUUUAGAACAAAGCAAACUGGCAAAGCAGGCAAGCAGGGCCAAAUACUAGAGCCUCACUGAUGCCGAUGCCGUCACGUUGACUUUACAGACUAUUUUGUGUUUGGGAAAAGACACUGACACCACAAGGCAUUGGACUAAACAUUACACACAAAAAAAGACAAAAAUUAAGAAAAAAAGAGAAAAGAAAUGGCCAUGUUCUCUGUGUAACCACUGUGUUGUUUCCUGCCGCUGCCCAGUGCAUGAGUUCUAUUGGAGGACUGCAGACGUAUCACGGAGGCUGGCCAUGUUGUAUCCGACCUAACACCCCAACUCUGUUGUAUCACUGCCAUUCAAAAUUCCCACUAUAUAUACUCUCAUCCACAAAGUCAAAGAUCAUUGGGGUUUGAUUUCCUUGAAACUGUGGACUGACAGGAAUAGGCUAAUCUAAUCCCUUACUUUCUGCUUUUGGAGGAUGGAAAGUGUAAAUGUGUUUUGCUGGGAAUGAGUCCAAAAUAAGUUUUUUUUUGCUGUUCUCCUCACAUUGUUCUCUCUCUCUCUAGCUUUCUUUCUUUCUGUUUAUCGUGAUGUUUCUUGGGAAUAGAAGUGAAGAUAUUCUUUGCACUUCAGGUCUUGUAUGUGGGAGUUUACAAACAGCACUACAAGCAGAUACUACUUUACUAAAUGAGGGUGGGGAAAGGAACCGAUUUGGGUUUUUAUCAUGUCAUCAAAAAGAGACGUUCACAAAACGUUUAGAAGGAUAAAGGGUAUAACUGCAAUUUUUUGUAAUUUUGAAAAUAUGAAGGAAGCAUCAGUUAAACUGAAAUGCAAUUGUGCGCAGUUUAAGUGCAAUACUGUAAAUAUGAAGAGAAAAAAGAGAGAAAAAAGCAGUUAAUUGUUAGAGAUAAACAAAUGAUUUGCAGUGAUUUGAUUCAGGCACUGAUAAAUCCGUGUGUUGAAUUUCUUUGCCAAACAGACCCGUUUUUUCUAAAGCAUUGUAUAUUAUGUUAUGUUGCGAACUCAUCCUCAAUCAUGUGCCAUAACCCCAGAAAUGCAAUGGUUUUCAAACAUAGUUUUGUACACAUCAGGAAACUAUAAUAACUUGUUGAGGUAGACAUGAGCACCUGGGUUUGAUGCUGAAAUUAAUAACUGAAACUAGGAUCUGAAAUAAUUUAUCAUAAUCUAUUGCAUUAACAUGAGACAAAGCAUUAUGUCAAAUUCCACCAAAGAUUCUAACAAAUUUUACAAUUGAUGUUAUAGGAAAAAUAAAACAAUGGCAGUGUUAGGCCUGUACAUGUUAAACUUGCAUUUAUUUGCAUGUUCAUGUUGCAAUUUCAUGGUUUAACAACCCAAAUAAAUAAUGCCUACUAGCAAGUAUUAUAUUUGAAACAUUUGCAAAUUCAGAGGAUAAUGUUUUGUGUCAUUGAGAAGCAGAUCCUAGUAAGGUCUACCUCAAACAAUGUUUUACCAACACUUUCUCUGUUCUCAAACCACCAUUUACAGUUAUUUAGCAAUGUCUCCAUUUUAAAUUAAACACAUGGGUGCUUUUAUUUAUUCUUUUUGUCUGAAAGUUUAUACAAUUAAAAAAUAGUUGAAAUACAAGUGUACAUUUUGACAUGGCUUUGCAUUUAUUUUUAUAUGUUUUUUAAAUGUUACAUUUGCAAUGGGAGAUGCGUGGCUAUUGUGCAUUGUUUGCCUAAAAUGUAGCGUGUCAGCGUUUACAAACAUUUCAGGGAUGGUUGAAUUUGAUUAAGCUCCAUUGAAUUUGUUAUGCCUACCACAAGUAUUAUCAUUUCAUAUGCAAGCAUGCCUAAACAUGAUUCACUAUACAGUUUGUAUUUUUUUCCUUUUGAUUCACAAAAUAUGAAUGUACAAUUAAACUAUCAAUAAAGUUAUAAAUAUUUGUA